AUUUUUUCCAUAGAAAUGAAUCCACACCAAACCAUUAUUUAGCGCCUCACUUUUUACAACUCUCAACAAACGGUAUAUUUUUUCUUCAAACUGCACAAUUUUGACAAGGUACACUUUUAUUACGACCUUCAAUCAUUAGUUACACACCACCGGCACCACAUCUUUUCUAGACAAGGCAAACCCCCACCAAACACACGAGUCCGUACAAGCAGAGCCUACUGCGCUAUGCCCGCAUGUUGUUUGGUUUGUUCAUUUUUCCUUCCGCAUUGCCUCUAGCCGACACGUGCCCGCUGUAUGACAUCCUGCGAUUAACCACCACUACCCGACCGGCGGCAGCGGUGGCGGGAAACACUGAUAACAUGGCAACAUGUCGACCUGACCGCCGAUCGUCGGUGUGCAACCGACAGCUUGGAGCCCUUUGUGUACUGCAAUUAUAGGCUAACACAAAUUUAUCAACUUGACCAGCCAGCGGCGUGGGAAAAUGGUUUCGCAGCCUGUAUUUAUGUGUGUGUGUGCUUGUAUGAACCCCCAUUUAAUCGACCAUUUUCAAACUAACAUACAUUCACAGUGGGAUUAGACACGCAUCGAGAUUUCGCUGCUUGAUUAAAUCCGUUUUUUUCGCCCAAGCCCGCGAGGACCUGCUGUCGGUCUUUUGAAGUGGGCACCCCCCUUCCAAAGCACGGAUACAUUUUCAGCAAGAGGCUCCUCUCUAAGCACAACUAUGUGUUAGUGUGGGAGGUUUUUAUUCUACUACUGUUGUGCUACACCAGAACCACGAUUUCCUCUUUGAAUUAUCCAUGUGUUUGUCUGUGCUUGGACCAGCAGAGUGGAGCCCAACCGUCACAGUACCGAAUGCUGCUGCUACUGUUGUCAUUCGGCGUUCGAACGGUGGUGAGCAGACUUCGAGCAUAUUCCGAAAAGAAGAGAGAAAUCACGAAUUCUAGUUCUUCCAGUUCGCACACUGAUAAAGGUGUUAGUCGGAAUAAAAAGCGCUAAGGAUUUUUUUUCCUAACACACACAGAAUGGCGAGAGAGUUUGACGAAAUCUGCUACUGCCACCGUCAAGGACCGACCGUAAGGAGGAAGAAAAUUAAUACUAUCCAACCGUACUAGCCUCCGUGAGUGAAGAGAGCAAGCUGAUUGUGUAACAUUCUGCCAUGGACGUACCAAAGCUGCCACGCUAGAAUUCGCUGACUUUUUCGAAUGGUGGUGUGUGCGAUUCGUCGUCGUCGUUUGUAGAGUGCCCUAAGAAUUCAAAGAGGUAACGGACCUUGCGAUUCAGGCUGGAAAUAGUUAACGAUAUUCACCUGCACCAGUCACAACUGGCCUGCACCCGUGGUUCGACGAUUGUGACCAGCGAUUUUUUCUUGGGUUUUUUUUAUCGUCUUUGUCGUCGUUUCGGCGACAGCAUUUGGUAGUGCUAUAUAGUAUAGUGGCUUCAGGCUACACCUGGUUGCUCUCAUUAGACGCUUGGUAAAGAACUCAAUGCGACCGGAAGUAGCUGGGAAGUUUGGGCAUAAAAAGAAGGUUGGCCCGAACGGGCUACUUGUGGAGCUGAUGCAUAAAUUGCUGAUGGGAAUGCUACUCAAAUUGCGAUUGGACACGGUCCAAAUGGUUUGCUAAUUCGGUGUAGUGCCAGCAAUCAACAACCAUCGAAGACGGCGGUGAAGAGUAGUAGCUGUCAACGGUGUAAGAGAGAUGAUUUUUUGUGCUGCUUACGUUCGAAUCUCGGUCUUCUGAUUGUCGUGUAAAAGUGUUUGUGUGUCUUGUACAUUGUUGUGCUGAAUGUGCGUAUUUUUCUUUGUACUGUUGGUUUGUUUCUCUAUUGUAAUUACUGUUGAAGCACUGUCGGAUUUGUACUAUAUUUUGUGAUUUUAUUGAGCAAAGGAAAACUAGUAGAGUAGUGAUCAAAAAUGGGUGCGGCCAGUACAGGAGCUGAUUCGCUGGAAUGCUGCAACAAUCAGGAAGAAGGAACCGCCCGAAACAAUCAAAACCAGAACCAUCCGCAGAAUCGAGCACAGCAUCAAUCGGUAGCGCAACCUCCUGUGGCAUCUGCCCGAAACCCUACACUGCCUCUGGUGAUGAUCUCAAAUCUUACCCCAACUGCAAUCCACCCACAAUCCCCACCUGUAACGAUGCUGCAAUCACCGACUCAACCACCACCGAUGCUCACCGCAUUGCACCUCAACAGUGUCCAGCAGCAAGCGCAACGCAACGACCUCAACAAUCACUAUUCGCUCGACAUUGAAAACAAUAAUCAAAGCAACCAUCUGUAUGUAAAUCCACAAGCGAACUUUAAUUACGAUUACUACCUGCAAACGUUUUUCGACGAGCACGAGUAUUACAACCGGCUAAAUAACAACAACAACAACACGAACGACCAUAAAUACGGCGGAACUAUCUACUCGGAAGCGGCAACGCCGAUGACCGUGGAAGUUUCCAACCUAUCCACCUCCUGCCACUGUCUAUUUCUGCGGUACUGCAAGCACAGAAAGCGUUCCUCCUCAGCGUCCUUUUUCCACCGUACGCAGCUUAAACCGGACCAGCAGAAGGCCAAAAAGGCCACCACCCCAUUCGGUAAAGAAUCGGAACCGAAAAAACCCAAACCGGCGGGUCCUCCUCGCAACCGGGGUGCCGCUAACCGGGGUAUCGAUAACAACGACGCCGAUCCUUUAAUGCGACGUCCUCGGCGACGCAAGGACAACAGCGAACAGGAUCUCGCCGCCAAACAACAACAGCAACAGCAGCAGGGCGCCGCCACCUUCGAUCAGAAGCAACAGCAAGCGAAGUCUGUGUGUGCUGUGCGCUGAACCAGCUUCCGCUUGCAUACCUACUUGUAGUAGGAAAAAGUAAAGUAAAGUAAAGCAAAACAACCUACGUAAGGCUCGUCAGGAGUGUGGCUUUGUUUGCGGAGGGGCAACGUUUGUGUGUCGCACGAAACUCAAUAAAAGUAUAAUUAAGCAAAAAUCUGCUUUCUUUCAUUGUUUUUAGCUUUAGAAGAUGUUGCUACGUUGCUUUUCGAACACUUGAGGCCAUAAACAGAAUGCACCGUGUGCGCUGGCGUUACGUCAGAGGACUGUUUGGAAAAAAAAACAUGUUUUAUGUAGAAAGGAUAUUAAACAGCUUUAAAACAAUUUAAGUUAACGGAGCAUUCUGUUUGGGGGAAUCUUACACAAUCACAAAAAUGCGCUCUCAUACGCACAUACACACACGAGACGAGAAGCUAAAUGUGUUGCUGUUUUUCUUUUAUUUCGUUCAGUCAGAUCCGAAAUCCGCAAAAAUCCCUAUUGAAUUGAGGCUUAGCUUUCGCAUCGAUAUGGAACCUGUAGUGUGAUUGUGGUUCCAAAACAAACACAAAAAGCAUUUUGCAAAGCUGUCGCUGUUUAAUUAAAGGGUGGAACACUGCAUUCGC